GAAUCAUUGUCAAGGAACGUGUGUCCCGACCAGUUUAACGGUUAAACCCUAGUCAUCGGAAAGCAACCGUAGCUAAACCCUCAUAGCUUCUGUGUCCUGUCCAAUGCGCUACUUCCUGUCCACUCUCCACAGCCACCACCGGCGUCUCUGCCCCCCUUCCACCGCCCUCCAGUUCCUCCAAUCCGCCCGAUACCGGCCUCAGAAACCCCAGCCGCCGCCAUCCCCUCCCAAACCCCCUAAGCCCCCACAAAAACCACAAACCUUCACUCUCCACGACACCACCUGGGAAGACCCCUACAGCUGGAUGUCAAGCCUCAAUGACAAGGUCGCGAUGCGCCACAUGGACCUCUACAUGGAGCAAGAAGAGAAGUACACGGAGGCCGUCAUGUCCGAUACCGAGCGCCUCCAGUCCAAACUCCAAUCGGAAAUGGGGUCCCGCUUGGCCUCUAAUCUCUCCACCCCUCCCCUCCUCUGGGGCCCCUGGUUGUAUUACAGGCGGGUGGAGGAGGGGAAGCAGUAUCCGGUCUUGUGUCGUAGAUUGGCGAGCUUACACGAGGAGUUUGUAUCGAACAAGUCUCCUUCUGCUGGAUUUGAUUUUACUUCCGGGAAGAGAAUUGAGCAGAAGCUGAUUGAUUACAAUCAAGAAGCUGAAAGAUUCGGAGGUUAUGCUUAUGAGGAAUUGUCGGAAGUGUCACCAGAUCACCGUUAUCUGGCGUACACCAUGUAUGACAAGGACAACGAUUACUUCAAACUAUCUGUAAGAGAUUUGAAUUUUGGUUCUCUAUGUAGCAAGCCUCAAGCAGACCGCGUUUCCAAUUUGGCCUGGGCAAAGGGGGGUCGGGCAUUGGUUUAUGUUGUAACCAAUCACAAGAAGAGGCCAUGCCGGAUCUAUUGUAGCAUGCUUGGAUCAGAUGAAGAAGAUGUAUUGCUUUUAGAAGAACCUACAGAAAAUGUUCAUGUGAAUGUAAGGCACACAAAAGAUUUCUGCUUUGUGACUGUAAAUACAUUCUCUACUACGUCUUCUAAGGUCUUUUUGAUAAAUGCAUCUGAUCCUUUGUCUGGCCUGACACUUGUAUGGGAGUGUGCGGGACUGGCUCACUGCAUUGUGGAGCACCAUCAAGGAUAUCUUUACCUUUUUACAGACGCUGCCAAGGAGGGCCAACCUGUCGAUCACCAUUAUCUCCUUCAUAGUCCUGUCAAUAUUUCUGGGCCUAGAAAAUGGGAGAGUGUAUUUAUUGAUGACCAAGAAUUGAUCAUUGAGGACGUUGAUUUCUGUGAGACACACUUGGCAGUCAUCAUAAGGGAAGGUUGGAAGUUCAAACUAUGUUCACUUGCUCUACCCCUGCCUGCUAAAGAGGGAGCAGUUUAUCUGAAAGAGCUGAAUCCACAUUUUUUGCCUCUUCCAAAAUAUGUUUCGCAAAUCUCAUCUGGACCUAGCUAUGACUACUAUUCAACAACCAUGCGCUUUACGAUAUCAUCGCCUGUGAUGCCUGAUGCCAUAGUUGAUUAUGACUUGUCAAAUGGCAAGUGGAAGAUCAUUCAGCAGCAGAAUCUGCUGCAUGACCGAACACGAAUUUUAUACGGAAGAUCAUCUUCUGCUAGCAGUGCUGAAAUAUCACCAAUGUCCCAGAGUCCAGGUUCUACAAAUGAAGUCAGUUUUGAAGAUGACCACUUGUGGAAUGACCUUUCAGAGUUUUAUGCUUGUGAACACUACAAUGUCUCUUCAUAUGAUGGGGCUACUGUUCCUUUGACAAUUGUUUAUUCUCGCACGAGGAAGAAAGUGGCUCAGAAUCCUGGAUUACUUCAUGGGCAUGGAGCUUAUGGCGAAUUGCUUGACAAGCGGUGGCGAAGUGAAUUAAAGAGUCUUCUUGAUUGUGGAUGGGUGAUUGCAUAUGCUGAUGUCAGGGGUGGAGGUGGUGGUGGUAGAAAGUGGCAUCAUGAUGGAAGGCGGACGAUGAAACAUAAUUCAGUUCGUGAUUAUAUUUCCUGCGCUAAAUUCCUGGUUGAGAAGGAAAUUGUGCAAGAAAAUAAGCUUGCUGGCUGGGGAUACAGUGCUGGUGGACUCUUGGUUGCUUCAGCCAUUAAUCUUUAUCCAAAUUUAUUCCGUGCUGCAAUUUUAAAGGUUCCAUUUUUAGAUCCAAGUAACACGCUUCUGAAUCCCAUUUUACCAGUUACACCUGCUGACUAUGAAGAAUUUGGAUACCCUGGAGAUGUUGAAGAUUUUUGGGCUAUACAAAAUUAUUCACCUUAUGAUAAUAUUAAGAAGGAUGUUCUCUAUCCAGCUGUCAUGGUUUGUUCAUCGUUUAAUACACGGUUUGGAGUUUGGGAAGCGGCAAAAUGGGUCGCGCGAGUACGUGAGCGUUCUAUUUAUGAUCCCAAACGCCCUAUAUUACUUAAUUUAACUGUAGACAUAGUGGAGGAGAACAGAUAUUUGCAGUGCAAGGAGUCAGCUUUAGAGGCUGCGUUCCUUAUCAAGGUGAUGGAUUUCUGAUGUUCUUUGUGGAUCCAUACCUGUCCGCGUCAAUUAUUCUCUGCUGUACAAGGAAGAUUGCAAAAGGGAAUGUGCAUCUUUGGAAGUUCUAAGGUUUUAUAUAUGAAUCUAACUACACUUCUAAGCCAUUCCCCGUCCUUGUUGAGGGGUAUGUUUUUUCUUAAGCAGCAUAAUUUAAGCGGGUUACUGAGAGGCUGAAGUUUGUAGCUGUCAGUUGCUUUCUUUCUUCUGUUGAAAUGUGCGGGUUCAUUAUUUGUACAUAUCCAUGUAUCUUAUUUAAGUGGGUUCAUUAUUUGCUGCA